AUGGCGGGGGAGGGGCGCCCCGAGCCCCUCACGAGCCCCGGGACCCCCCGGGACCACGGACCCCCGGGACCCCCCAAAACCCGCCCGGGACCCCCCGACUCCCCCCCGGGGCCUCCCCGGUACCUCCGGUGCUUCCCGCGCCUCACGAGCUGGGGAAUCCCCGCUCCCGGCGUGCCCCGCGCGGGGGGCGGGGCUUCGGGGGCGGGGCUUGAAGCCGCGGCGCCAUCUCUGUGUCCCCUCGGUGUCCCGGUGUCCCCUCGGUGUCCCCUCACGCUGGCGGGCCGCUGCCCGUUCCCGCCGGGCGCGCUCCCGGCGCUCUCCGCCGCCUUCCUGCAGGUGGCGCUCGUCAGCGGCUCCGCGCGCGCGCUCGGCCUCUGCCUGCCGCCGCUAGGGGGCGCCUUCGGGGCCCCGGCGCGCGCCGCCGCCUGGGUGGGGUCCUGCCCCCUAGCGGCGCUGCAGCUCGGAGGCCCGCUGGCGGCGGCGCUGAGCGCCCGGUUCGGCCCAAGGGGCGUGGCCAUGGCCGGGGGGGCGCUGGCGGGGGCGGGGCUGUUCCUGGGAGCCUUCGCCACCCGCCUGGAGCACCUGUACCUGAGCCUGGGGGGGCUGACAGGCCUGGGCUGGUCGCUGGCCUUCACGCCGGCGCUGGGCGCCGUGUCCCGCUGGUUCCCGCGGCGCCGCGCGCUGGCCACCGGCCUCGCCGUCUCGGGCGCCGCCGUCUCGGGGCUGGCGCUGGCCCCGCUGCUGCCGCUGGCGCUGGACGCCUACGGCUGGCGCGGCGCCCUGCUGCUGCUGGCCGCCGUCUCCCUGCACCUGGUGGCCGCCGCCGCGCUGCUGCGCCCGCCCCGCGCCCCUCCGGAGCCCCCCGAGCCCCCCGGCGGGCUCCGGGCGCUGCCGUGGCUGCUGCGGCACGGCGCCUUCCUGCGCUACGCCGCGGCCUUCGCCCUGCUCGACGCCGGCUACUUCGUGCCCUUCGUGCACGGCGCGGGCCGCGCGCUGGAGCUGGGCUGCGACGGCGACCGCGCCGCCGCCGUGGUGGCCGCCAUGGCGGCGCUCGACGGGGGCGGGCGGCUGGCGGGCGGCUGGCUGGCGGCGCGGCCCGGCGCGGCGCUGCUGCGGCAGCUGGCGGCCUGGGCGGCGCUGGCCGGGCUGGCGGCGUUGGCGCUGCCCCUCGGCAGGAGUUUCGGGGCGCUGGCGGCGCUGGCGGCGGCCUACGGGGGCUGCGCCGGGGCCGUGGCGCCGCUGCAGUUCGCCGGCGUGGCCGAGGUGGUCGGGGCCGGGCGGGCGGCGCUGGCCAUCGGGGCGAUGCAGAUGUUCGAGAGCGUGGGGUCCCUGCUGGGGCCGCCCCUGGCGGGCUGGCUGCGCGACGUCACCGGCGACUUCACCGUGUCCUUCCUGGCGGCCGGCGCCUUCCUCCUGGCCUCGAGCCUCCUCAUCCUCACCCUGCCCCGAGCCCCCCCCGAGCCCCCCCCGAGCCCCCCCGAGCCGCUCUAGAACCGCCCGUGUGACCCCAAAACGCGGCCCUGGCUCUCGUCCUUUGGGGGGGCUGGGGAGG